AAUUUGAAUAAAUUUUCUUUUUUUUUUUGAUUGGCAAAAAUACCUUUUGUGAGGUGGCCCUUGGCUUAGAUACAUGACAAAGGGUAUAGGGUGUUUGGAGGGGUAUUUCUUCAGUCAAAUGUGCUCUGGAAUUUGCACCCGUCCUUAAUUCAUUGGGGUACGAUAUAUCCAGUGGAUUUGAUGUUUCAACAUUUUAUCCUGCCUCUUGGGAUUUUGACCCGGUGCUUGGCUGUGGAAGCCUCGAUAUUCUAUUUCGAGUGACAAUUUGGAGUGUGUGCUAUAAUAGUUCCAUCUGGCAUUGAAUGGCUCGUGUCAACAAGUUUGCUUCCGUCAAUUUGAACGAUUUGUUUGGGAAAAAAGAGCCAGCUGUGAAGACUGCAGGUAACACAUCAGGAUCUGGAGCACGAGCCAAAGGAGCUAGUCAUGGGAUGCUUGUUCUUACUCGUCCUGUGAAGCAGCCCAUAAAGAUUGGAUCUGGAAUCACUGGGAAUUUAAAGAAGGAAACCAGUGAAUCCUUGAAGCCAACAACAACUGAUACAAGUGGGUGGUCCAAUACUUCACAGAUAGAAUCGGCAAAUGUAGGCCUUGUUAAGGAUAAUCCUAAGCCUGAUUAUACCACCGAUAAACUUGAUGUUUAUGUUCCUCCUAGUCUUCGAGGAUUGCAUUCCACUUCUUUGUCAGUUGCAUCUGUGAAGCCGGAACCUGUUCCUGUAGAAAAGACUGCAGUUCUUUCCGGGGAGGAGUUUCCUUCUUUGCAAGCUUCAAACACAAAUGGGCAACAGCAACAAACAAAAGACAAUCAGCUGGAUUCAAAAGAACAGCUGGAAAAAUUACAUCAUCUCUCUUUGCAAGCACAAUCCAAAAGCUGUUUGAAUGAUGUUACCGAACCUGAUUUGAAUCGUUUUCAACCUCAGAGACCACAGUUCUUUAGGCCCUCACGUUUGAGAGGGAAUGAGCAUACUCCUUUGGAGAAGCCCGAGACAGUGACUGAAAAACCUGAUGGCUAUCUGUCCAGAAAUCCUCAUCUCCUUGGUGAUGAUGAGAGAGCAAAUAGUUUUGGGAACAGGCUGGGCAGUGCUAAUGGUAUUAAGGCAGCAGGUAGUGUUAUUGAGAGAGAGGAGCAAGCAGAGAUGGAAGUCUUGUGUGGUAACAAAGGAGGCAGAUAUGAGAGGGAAGACUUUCCUAGGCCUGGUUCAGGUGAAAGCAGGUAUUAUGAAAGGGAAACAUUUCCCCAGCCUGGUUCGGCUGAGAGCAGGUAUUAUGAAAGGGAAGCAUUCACUUGGCCUAGUUCGGGUGGGAGCAGGUAUUAUGAAAGGGAAGAAUUCACUCGGCCUGGUUCAGGUGGGAGCAGGUAUGAAAGGGAAGCAUUGCCUCGACCUUGGUCAGGUGGGAGCAGGUAUGAAAGGGAAGCAUUGCCCCUACCUGGGUCAGGUGGGAGCAGGUUCAAUCAGGAAGCAUUGCCUCGCCCUGUGUCAGGUGGGAACAGGUAUGAAAGGGAAGUAUUUCCUCGCCCUGGGUCAGGAGGGAGCAGGUAUGACCGGGAAGGAUGGCCUCAGCCUGGGUCAGAUGGUAGCAGGCUCCAUCAGGAAGCAUUGCCUCGACCUGGGUUAGGUGGGAGCAGGUAUGCAAGGGAAGGAUUACCUCGUCCUGGUUCAGGUGGGAGCAGGUAUGAAAGGGAAGGAUUGCCCCGUCCUGGUUCAGGUGGGAGCAUGUAUGAGAGGGAAGGAUUACCCCAAUCUGGGCUGGAUGGUAGCAGGUUCAAUCAGGAAGCAUCACCUCAACCUAUAUCAGGUGGAAGCAGGAGUGAAAGGGAAGCGUUACCCCACCCUGGAUCAGGUUGUAGCAGGUUCAAUCAAGAAUUAUUGCCUCGGCCUGUAUCAGGUGGAAGCACGUAUGAAAAGGAAACAUUAGGUCACCCCAGUUCAGUUGGAGGCAUGCAUGAAAGGGAAGUCAUUUCUCGAGCAGCUUCUGGAGGUGGUAACCAUGCACGACCAGGAUCUGGAGGCAGUGGGUAUGGAAGAAAAGAAUUGAUCUUGCCAGAAUCAGGUAACCAUGCACGACCAGGAUCUGGAGGCAGUGGGUAUGGAAGAAAAGAAUUGAUCUUGCCAGAAUCAGUGGAUGUUUAUUGUACUCAACCUGGCUUUAAUGGAGGUGGUGACUAUGUACGACCAAAUCCUAGAGGAAGAAGCUACGAAAGUGAAGUGGUGUUGAGGCCAGGUUCAGGGGACAACAAAUACUCUCGACCAAGUCGGCCAGGUAUGGGUAGUAAUGGUUGGAUAAAUGGUAGGGAAAAUUACAGAGGUUCCUCUUUUAAUGGCAGGCAAAACUAUCAGAGGUGGGAAACAAACUCUAUAACAGAUUAUGCAGAUGGACAAAAUGGAAAAAUCAACAAUGCAUAUGAAUCUAACAGAGAACAUGGGCCUUUCAGGCGAGGUGGACCAUCAAGGGAAUUUCCUAACAGAGAUGAUUAUCGUGGAAGGGGACAGGGACAAACUAUUGUUGACAGCUAUGGCUGGGAUGCUGCACACGAUUCUCUCAACACUAGACAAAAUCCCAGGCAUGGCACAUCUGAAAGAAUGUCCCUUGAGCAAUUGAGAGAGGAACAAGGGAGGUUUGGAGCUGUUGGGGGAGCACCUAGAGAUGAUAAUGGUGGUCGGUAUAGAGUAUCAUCAAGCAGGGUGUCCUAAGGAAAUCUCAUGAGGGAUGAUGCCUGGAGGGUGUGGAGUGCACAAUGGGGAAAAAUCUGUAGGAUCUAAAUAUUAUGUGAAAAAGAAAAACCCAUCCAAUUUUUAUCAUGCACACACGCCUUAGGGUGAAACCAAAUCCGAAGGAUUGUAUGAAAGAAAGGGAAUUGCAGCAACUCACAGUAAUAAAUUCUCUUCAAUGAGUUCCAUUGUAUAUUGUGAGACAAAAGGGAGAGAGUAUCAAUGCAUACCAUAUCUAGAAAGAGACCAAGAAAAAACUGCAUGACUGGAAUGGCCAAUGAUAUGUUUGGGGAUAAAGUUGGGAAAGAUCAAUAGGAUAAUGUGCAGAAUUCUUGGAAUGAAGAUUGCACAUGUUCUCUCACGGGGGAAGAAGAGAGCAAGAAAAAAGUUCCUGAGCGGAUAGCGAAAUGUAAGGCUGAGCCAAAAAUGAGGCUGCAGAACGAAUUGAGCUCAAAAGGGUGCUGGUACUAAAAUCCCUUUGUUGGAGCAAGCAUCAGCGCGGUUGCUUUGAAAUGCCUGCAUAUCAAUAUAAAAGGGUUUGUUCUCUUAAAAACGCAUUUUUGUUCGUUUUUUGGAGGCUGAGACUUAAUGUUAUUCACCAUUUAUUUCCUAUCUAGUGUUGGGCUGCUCUCAUCAAGAGUUGCAUGCCUGCCUCUUUUAUGAUUAUCAAGAAAAUGACUGGUGUUCAAAUUGUACAUAUGUAACAUUCAAAUUGGAGAGCCCCCGAGUGGUUUUUAUUGUGGGGGAAGCUGAAUUUGAAUGUUUGUCUGAAAGGAAGGGAAUUGUAGCAACUCAGUGAUAAAUUAUCUUGGAUAAGUUUCAUUGUAUUUUCUGUUAUAAGCGGGAAAGAGUUAUUAAUGCAUACAGAAACUAGAAAGGGACCAAGGAAAAACAUGCAUGAUUGGAAUGGUGUUUGGAUUAUGUGCUGAAA